UGCGCGCCGCGUCAGUCGCCCGAUGACUGCGACCGUGUAAACGUCGUACACACGAGUCAUGAUUUGAACUCGCGUUCGCUCGUACCGCGUCAUCGUUUUACUUUUUUUUUUAAUUUAUUUUGUUGCGUUUUUGCAUUUUGCUUCCGCGGAACCGCGCGGAACAGAUAGAAAGUUCUCAUUCGGAAAAUCUGGCGAAAGUGAAGACCGGAAGAAAUCCGUAUAUUAACAUAUAUCUGCGUGCGAAGUGCGUGCUUGUGACUCUUCUUCUCUGACAGAGCGCGGGUGCGAGAGAACGAGAGAAAGAGAAAAAACGAAUAAAAAGAGGGACCACGGCGUGCGAUGGCUGUGCGGCCACGCAUCGGCCCUUCCGGUGGUGAACUCGCUUCCGGAGGUGCCAAGGAUUUCGCCGGAGCAUCCGUCGUGCGAUGGACCACAAGGACUACACUGGUCGUCGCGGCAGUGCUUGCCGUCGUCUUUGGCGUCGCCGAUGUCGUAGCUAUCAGAACGGGCGAUGGCUGCGGGAAUAACAUGUUCAGGUGCAACGACGGCAAAUGCAUACAGUUGAUUCUCGUAUGCGAUUAUCGUGGGGACUGCGACGACAAUAGCGAUGAGAUGCAGUCGUGUCCGCCGCCCGAUUGCGAGAUCGGUCAAAUCACCUGUGGUCAGUACAGUUUCAACAAAACAUAUUGCAUACCUCCACACCAACGAUGUGAUAUGACCGUCGAUUGCGUCGACGGCACUGAUGAAGACGGCUGUACGUACAGAAAGUGCCAGCCGGACGACUUCAGAUGCGUCGGAACCACACCAGAACUUUGCAUACCCAAAGAGAAGAAGUGCGACGGUUACCUAGACUGCCGGAACGGCAGGGAUGAGGAGAGAUGCGAAAAUAAUCUAAAGCCGGCCUGUCGAUUGGACCAAUUCAGAUGCAACACUACGCAACGCUGCAUCGAGCAGAGUGCGAGAUGCAAUCACAGGGAUGAUUGUGGUGACAAUAGCGACGAGGAACAUUGCAAUUUUCCGCCUUGCACCAGCGACCAGUUCCGAUGCGCCAAUGCGCUCUGCAUUCCUAUAGCAUAUCACUGCGAUGGUUAUAAAGAUUGUCAGGAUGGUUCCGACGAGAAGGCCUGCACGAUGACAGUUUGUCCGGGGAACAAAUUUAUGUGUCCAAAGGGUGCGCCAGAUGGGAAGCCAUUGUGCAUCAAUCGAUCUCAGCUGUGCGAUGAAAAGCAGGAUUGCGAGGAUGGGGCGGAUGAGGAAGCGGCAUGUUCAACGAGUAUGUGCGGCUCGCUUGGCUGUCAACACAAGUGUCAAGCGUCGCCCACCGGAGGAGCUUGUUAUUGUCCUGAGGGAAGAAUCCUUGCGAACGAUUCGCGAACUUGCAUCGAUCGAGACGAGUGUUCCGAGUGGGGCUUCUGCGAGCAGUUGUGCGAGAACAUCGACGGCUCGUACAUUUGUCACUGCGCGCCCGGUUACACUCUUCACGGGCGAAACAAGUGCCGCGCCCAGAACAUUUCGUCGUUGGAGCUUCUGCUUGCGCAGGAUCGCGCGGUGUGGCGGUUGAGCGCGAUCGGCGAAGAUCGCAGGAUAAUCGCGAACACCACCGGCGCUAGCGGGAUAGAUUAUCUGUACUCGCGGAAUUUGCUCUUUUGGAGUGACAUGAAGACGCGGAAGGUGCACUCGCAGUCUCUCAACUCGCUCACCACCGACGCGCUGCCCAAGGUGGACAUCAGCAUGGCAGGCUCCUGGGGACCAGUGUCGAUCGCCGUGGAUUGGGUCGGCGAUAAGCUCUACGUGGCCGACUCCAUCGUGCAGAAGGUGGACGUAUUCGAGUUGGACGGCCGUUAUCACGGAAUAGUCGUCGGCUCCAAUCUCACCAGCCCAGCCGACAUCGCGCUGGACCCUACGAGGGGCUUGCUGUUCAUCGCCGACAGCAAGCAGGUACUUCGUGCCAACAUGGACGGCACUAACGCGUUCCCCGUGGUUUCCGAAGCGGCAUACAAGGUCUCCGGCGUGGCUGUGGAUAUCAUUGCCAAAAGGAUCUACUGGUGUGACUCUCUGUUAGAUUACAUCGAGACGGCGGAUUAUAAAGGUCACCACAGAAUUAUGAUUCUUAGAGGUUCUCAAGUGCCAUCCCCAAUCAGACUUACCCUCUUCGAGAAUAGGAUAUAUUGGACGGACGGCACCAAGCAAGCCGUCAUGAGCGUCGAUAAAACUCAGGGAGAUUAUUCCAUCCAAAGCGUAUUCAAGGUACGCGACGCCAAAGCUAUAAAAGCCUUGCAUCCACUCUCGCAGCUUGCCGUUUCUAAUCCUUGCGGUAAUAAUAAUGGCGGUUGUCAGCACAUGUGCAUUGUUACUGCCUCCAGCGAUCAGAUUAAUCGAUUGGGUUAUCGCUGCGCUUGCCAUAUCGGAUGGCGGCUGGCGAGCGACAUGAGGAACUGCAACCUGGUGCGGGAGUUUCUUAUGUAUUCCCAGCAGAGGUUUAUUAAAGGCCGCGUACUCAAUCCUGUAAUGGAAGGCUUUAGCGACGCUAUCCUGCCGGUGGUAUCGAGACGGGCGCGCUUCGUUGGAUUGGACUAUGACGCACACGAUCAGUAUAUCUAUUACAGCGACGUUCUUCAGGAUGUCAUAUACAGGGUACACCAAAACGCGACCGGACGGGAGAUUGUGUUAGCUAGCCAGAAUGAAGGAGUGGAAGGACUGGCAGUCGAUUGGGCUGCGAAGAACUUGUACUACAUUGAUUCACGUAAAGGUACUUUGAACGUGCUCAGCACUCGGAAUGUGACAUAUCGGCGGACAUUAUUAAAAAAUCUAAAGCGUCCUCGCGCGAUCGUGAUUCAUCCGAAUCACGGUUACAUCUUCUUCUCCGAAUGGGACCGUCCGGCCAACAUCAGCCGAGCUCACGCCGAUGGCUCCAACCUGGUCGUUUUUAAGAACCUAACUCUGGGUUGGCCAAACGGGCUGGCGAUCGAUUUUCAGAAAGACCGAUUAUAUUGGUGCGACGCUCUGCUAGAUCACGUGCAACACUCCAACUUGGAUGGUACGGACGUGCAAACGGUGAACUCCAGAUUAAUCCGACAUCCGUUUUCCAUUGCCAUUCACGAAAACUGGAUGUACAUCACUGAUUGGCGCCUCGACGCUAUCAUUCGACUGCACAAAGAGUCCGGCGAGCAAGAAGUUAUUUUGGUCCGCGAACCCGCUACUAAUAGACUUUACGGCGUGAAAGUGUUCAGCCGCGAUAUUCAAAUAUCGGCAAUUAAUCAUCCUUGCACUAUCAACAAUGGUGGCUGCGAGAAGCUCUGCUUCGCCAUUCCGGAUAACUCUUCACGCUCCGACGUUGUCACGUUCCCCGGCUUGCAACCGGUGCCGAAGCUCACUCAGGUGUGCGGAUGUCCUUACGGAGAACGUCUUCAGGGCAACGGCAGGAGUUGCGCGGCGGAUCCUGAUGGAGAACCACCCUUGCAGGCUUGCCCGCACACUUGGGACUUCACUUGCGCAAACCAGAGGUGUGUUCCGAAAUCCUGGGUAUGUGACGGCGAGAACGAUUGCCUGGACAACAGCGACGAAAUGCAAAAUUGCACAAAACCGACAUGCAGUGCGAACGAGUUCCAAUGCAAAUCCGGUCGCUGUGUGCCGAUGACAUUCCACUGCGAUUCCGAAAACGAUUGCGGCGAUUACAGCGAUGAGGUGGGCUGUCCGAAUGUGACCUGCAACGCUAAUCAGUUCGCCUGCGCCAACAAUCGCUGCAUCCCUGCAACGUGGAAGUGCGAUUCGGAAAACGACUGCGGCGACAGCUCCGACGAGGGCGAGUUCUGCGCGGCGAAAACUUGCUCGUAUUUCCAGUUCACGUGUCCGCGUUCAGGGCAUUGCAUACCCCAAUCCUGGGUGUGCGACGGUGAUAGUGAUUGCUUCGAUCAGCAGGACGAGAUGGAUUGUCCACCGGUUACUUGUCUCAGUACUCAAUUCACAUGCGCGGAUAAGAAGAUGUGCGUUUUAGCGUCGUAUAAGUGCGACGGUAUCAGUGACUGCAACGACGGCUCCGACGAGGUAGGCUGUCCAUCAUUAGCGCCGGAUCAGUGCAACACCGACAAGCAGUUCCAAUGCGUUAGUUCGUCCAUUUGCAUACCGAGAAGCUGGUAUUGCGACGGCACCGCGGAUUGCCCGGACAAGUCCGACGAACCGGAAGGGGCCUGCGGGGAAAUCGAUUGUCAAACUGGAUUCUUCAGAUGCCGCAAUGAGAAGUGCGUAUUUAAGGCGUACAUCUGUGACGGCAAAGACGACUGCGGGGAUGGCUCUGAUGAAGAUACCACGCUGCACGCGUGCGGGCCUCCUGUGUUCAAAUGUGAGUCUCAGCAGUGGAAGUGUCCGAAUGUAACGAAUCGUUGUGUGAAUACAACCAGUGUAUGCGACGGCAAGUUUGACUGUCCGAACGGGGCGGACGAAGGGCCCGGCUGCGAUCUUGCUGAAUGCAGCCACCAAGGUGGACUGUGCACGAACGCUUGCAUUCAAACUCCGUUCGGCGCACAGUGUACUUGCCCGCCCGGCGAAGAGCUCGAAGACGACUUCACGUGCAAAGAUAUGAACGAAUGCGAUCCGCCUGGCAGAUGCUCGCAAACCUGCCUGAACACAAAGGGCAGUUACUACUGCACGUGCGUGGACGGUUACACGUUGGAGAAGGACAAACACACGUGCAAGGCGUUCAAUCACACCGCCGCGUUCCUAAUUAUUUCCAACAGACACACGAUUUUGGUGGCUGAUCUUCAGGAUCAAGCGUUGGAGCGAGUCCCGAUUAACGUUGAGAACGUCGUGGCGACCGCCAGUAACAUGCACACUGGCACUAUUUUCUGGUCCGACAUGAAACUGAAGCGGAUCUCGCGAUUGGAUCGCGGCAGCGAUCCUCAAGACAUCAUCAGCACCGGCUUGGAUCUGGUGGAAGGUCUCGCCUACGAUUGGAUCGGUCAGAAUCUCUAUUGGCUGGACUCGAAGCUGAAUACAAUUGAGGUAGCUAAGGAGACUGGAGCUGGACGGAUGAUUCUUGUCAAGGAAAAUAUCACGCAGCCCCGUGGAAUGUGCUUGGACCCUAGUCCGGGCACCAGAUGGCUCUUCUGGACCGACUGGGGCGAGAAUCCGAGAAUCGAACGAAUCGGAAUGGACGGCACGAACCGGUCAACUAUCAUCAGCACCAAAAUCUAUUGGCCGAACGGUCUGGCCUUGGACGUGGCGAAUCGAAGGAUAUACUUUGCAGACAGCAAGUUAGACUUCAUCGACACUUGUCUCUAUGACGGCAGCAGCAGGAUUCAAGUUCUAGCCAGCUCGCACUAUCUUUUGCAUCCCCACUCGCUUACGCUUUUUGAGGAUACGAUGUAUUGGACCGACAGACAACUCAAUCGGGUGCUCUCCGCGCACAAGUUUAAAGGCUCCAAUCAGACGGUGGUCUCGCAUUUAAUUUCGCAACCUCUUUCCAUACACGUACAUCAUGCGGUAUUGCAGCCAAUUACUGCGAAUCCCUGCGCUAACGCGUCGUGCGAACAUCUCUGCCUCUUGUCGCCCAGUAGUGCAACGGGAUACAGCUGUAAAUGCCAGGUUGGAUUUAAAUUGUUGCCUAACGGACGUUGCGCGGAAGAAGAGACGCCGUACUUAAUGGUACUCCGAGGCUCUCAGAUUGUUGACAUUUCCUUGACGCCCGGAGAAACCAAAGCUGGAUACAUUACACCUAUUGUUAGCGUGGAAGGCGGAAGGUUCAUCGAUUAUGAUAGGAAGAAUCGUAUCAUUUAUUGGUUGCAAGGUAAAGAUGGCGAUGACGAGAACGGCACAAUUUAUACCAUUCCCUACAACGGUGGUAAUCGAACGGAGUUCCCCAACCCGAGCGGCGAUACCGGCAUCGUUGGCUCACCAUCCACUAUGGCGCUGGAUUGGCUCGGUCGCAAUCUGUUUAUUGGCAAUAAAUUCGCGUCCAACAUCGAGGCCAUCAAACUGGACGGCAAGACGAGAUAUCGUACGAUUGUUUUGGCGAACGACGGCAACCGGACAUCGGUCGCUAAGCCGAAGGCGAUGUGCGUGGAUCCUAUCGACGGCCAGGUAUUUUGGGUGGAUGAAGGAGGCUUCGGAGUGCCGCAGAAAAUUGGACGGGUGAACAUGGACGGCACCAAUCCGUUGAUCCUCAUAGAGAACUUGGAGCGUCCCGAGGCAAUAACCAUCGAUAUCCCCAGCAAAACGCUGUACUUUUCUUGCCAGAAUCCGGCUUUCGUCAAGGCCAUGUCGACGGACGGCCUGAACGUCCACACUAUUCUCACCGCGGCGAAUAACAUGGCAUUACCGAAAGCAUUAGCUAUCCACGAGUCUCGUUUGUACUACUUGGAUCCGCUUUACGAUAAAAUUGAGCGUGUCGAUUUACCGAAUGGCGAAAACCCAACCAUCAUCGUCGAUAACGACUCCGAGCUUCGCACCCUGACCAUUUAUAAGAAGCGCGCCACUGGAUCUCACCCUUGUCUCAACAACAACGGUGAGUGCGAGCAGAUCUGCCUGCCCGCAUCCGGCGGCACUCGCGUUUGCGCUUGCGGAAUGGAAUAUAAGAAAGUUAGCGACACCAAAUGCGAACCAUACAAGACCUUUGCGGUGGUAACUCAGCUGGACGUUGCCAGAGGUUACAGUCUCAAGGACUCGAAGGAAGCCAUGGUACCCAUUGCCGGAAUUGGCCAUCACAUUCUCCACGUGGACGUGCAUUACGCGGGCAAUUGGAUAUAUUGGGUGGAAUUCAACCGAGGCAUCUGGAACGGUAUCUUUAGAAUACGACCCAACGGCACAGAACUGCAACAAGUAGUCAAACAGGGAAUUGGCUCCAAUGGAAUUCGCGGUUUAGCUAUAGAUUGGAUCGCAGGAAACUUGUAUUUUGCCAAUGUCUUCCCCCAUGACAAUUACGUGGAGGUCUGCCGGUUAGACGGCUCGAACCGAAAAGUGCUCGUGAAGACAACGACGGACGCUCCCCGCGAGCUAGCCGUUAAUCCGAUCAAGCGAUACCUGUAUUGGAUCGAUUACGGACAGUAUCCUCGAAUAGGCAAAGCUUUCCUCGACGGCAGCAACUGGUCUCCGAUUGUAACGUCCGGUAUCAGCACACCGCGCGAUCUCACAAUCGAUCUUGCGACACACGACAUUUAUUGGGUGGACUCAAAGUUGGAUACCAUUCAGAAAGUGUCGUACACCGGCGGAAAUCGGGAAAUUAUCCGCAGAAAUCUGCCAAAUCCGAUGGGCGUCGCCAUUUUUGGCGGAGAUGUCUACUGGGUGGAUCGCAAUCUGGCCACCGUCUUUAAGGCGAACAAGCUCAGCGGCAACACCAGUCUUCCCAUUCCCGUCCGAACGAAUCUGCAAAAACUCAGAGACAUCGUUAUUUUCGAUCAAAGCAGCCAACCAGCAGAUUCUACAAAUCCUUGCUCGCAGGUUAUACCGCACAAUGGCGGUUGCUCUCAGCUGUGCUUCGCUUUUCCGAAGGACAAUCCCAAAUCGUUCACUUGCGAUUGCGCGAUAGGUAAACUUUCCGCUGACGGUACCACCUGUGACAAUGUCGAGGAAUACUUGGUCUUCGCCACGCGAACCGAGAUUCGCGCCAUUAAUCUGGAUCCGCACAACACCAACGUGCCCUUCGCGCCCAUUGGAAACCUGACAAACGUAGUCGGAGUGGAUUUCGAUUAUCAAGACAAGAAGCUGCUGUUCACUCAGAUCCGUCCUUGGGCGAAAAUCGCGUGGACGCCGGCGGAUCGACCGUCCUCCUCCGAUUUACACACAUUGAUCAGCAAAGGAAUUAACCCCGAAGGCAUCUCGUACGACUGGACGCAGAAGAAGGUGUACUGGACAGAUUCGUCCAACAACAGCAUCUACGCGAUGGACAUCGACGGAUCGAACUUGGUGAUGAUUGCACGCGUGGAUCGCCCGCGCGCCAUCGUCGUGGAUCCCUGCAAUGGUUCGCUUUACUUCACGGACUGGGGUCGCUUCGGAACAUCCGGCAAGAUCUUCAAGACCACUAUGGCGGGAUCUCUGAAGCGCGCCAUCAUCGACAAGGAUCUUUCGCAGCCCAGCGGUCUGGCGAUCGAUUACGAAGAUCGGAUGCUGUACUGGACCGACGCCGUGCGCGAGAAGAUCGAACGCUCGGAUCUCGAGGGAAAAAACAGAGAAAUCCUGGUUAGCGCCACCAUCUAUCCCUUCGCCAUCACCGUUUUCCGAGAGCAUAUCUAUUGGACGGAUCUCCAGCUUCGUGGAGUUUACCGAGCGGAGAAGCACACUGGGGCCGACAAGAUCGAGCUGGUGAAGCGGUUGGAGGAUUCCCCGCGUGACCUUCACGUCUUCUCCGCAGCCAGACAGCAGUGCAGCGUUAAUCCUUGCAAUAUCAAUAACGGCGGCUGCGAUCAGUCCUGCCAUCCAGGCCUGAAUGGCUCCGCGGAGUGCAAAUGCGACGACAAUCACAGGCUGGUGAAUGAGGAUAGAAUGUGCGUGCCGAAGAACGUCACUUGCGAUUCGAGCAAGUUCGCUUGUAGAAACGGCAGAUGCAUCUCUCGAAUGUGGGCGUGCGACGGCGACGACGAUUGCGGCGACGGUUCCGACGAGGACACCAGCUACUGCUCUUACCAUUCCUGCAGCCCGAACGAGUUCCGCUGCAACAACGGCCGAUGUAUCUUCAAAACGUGGAAGUGCGAUCACGAGAACGACUGUCGGGACGGUAGCGACGAGGAAGGCUGCGUUUAUCCACCUUGCGCGUCAGGCGAGUUCACCUGCGCCAACUAUCGCUGCAUCCCGCAAUCGCAGGUGUGCAACGGCAUCAAUGAUUGCAAGGAUAACGUCACCUCCGACGAAACGCACGAGCGCUGUCCUCGCAACACCACAUGUCCACUGAAUCAUCUCAAGUGCGAGAAGACGAAUAUCUGUGUGGAACCCUACUGGCUCUGCGACGGCGAUAACGAUUGCGGCGACAACAGCGACGAGAAUCCGGUGCAUUGCGCUCAGAGAACUUGUCCCCAAAACAGCUUCCGGUGCCCCAAUCACAGGUGCAUUCCAGCUACUUGGUACUGUGAUGGAGACGAUGAUUGUUUAGAUGGAAGCGACGAGCCUCCCGGUUAUUGCCAAUCUGAGGGUAGAACGUGCUUCGGCGAUUUGUUUACGUGCGAUAACGGCAACUGUAUUCCUAGAAUUUACAUUUGCGACGGAGACAACGAUUGCUUGGACAACUCCGAUGAAGAUGAGCGUCAUCAAUGCAACGACAGAAAAUGUGACGAAGAAACGGAGUUCACUUGCACCGCGAAUAAGAUGUGGAAUCGCGCUCAAUGCAUUCCGAAAAAAUGGUUGUGCGAUGGAGAUCCGGAUUGCGUCGACGGGGCUGAUGAGAAUGUAACUCUUCAUCACUGUCCAGCACCAACGCCUUGCUCCGACACUCAGUUCACUUGCAACAACGGGCGAUGUCUGAAUCGCAGCUGGCUGUGUGAUCACGACAACGAUUGCGGCGAUGGUAGUGACGAGGGCAAGUUCUGCAACUCUCAGUAUAAGCAUUGCAACAGUCAAGAAUUCACCUGCCAAAACUUCAAAUGCAUACGCAAGCAAUUCCGCUGUGAUGGCCAAGAUGAUUGUGGCGACUAUUCGGACGAAGUAGGAUGUCCGUCUAAAGGAAGGAACACGACGUGUCCAAAUCCGAAAGACUUCAUGUGCGCGAACAGCAAGUGCAUCGACUCGCAGUUGGUGUGCAACAAGGAACCGGACUGCGCCGAUGAGAGCGACGAGUUGCACUGCAACAUAGACGAAUGCGCUCGUAUCGAGCUGAACCAGUGCGGCCACAAAUGCGUGGACACGCCGACGAGUUUCUACUGCGAGUGUUACGCCGGCUACAAACUGUUAGCUGACGGCAAGGCCUGCGACGACAUCGACGAGUGUAUCGAGACGCCCCAAGUGUGCAGCCAGCAGUGCGAGAACACGCCCGGCGGAUAUUAUUGCAAGUGCAAUUACCGCUGGUACGAGAGAGAGGCUGACGAGCACACGUGCAAGCGCAAAGACAAUAUUCAGCCGUGGAUCAUAUUCACGAAUAAGUAUUACGUCAGGAACAUGUCGAUCGACGCGUCCAACUACAGCCUGAUGCAUCAAGACCUGGUUAACGUCGUUGCGCUGGACGCUGAUUAUGCCCAGCAGAUGCUGUACUUCUGCGACGUCACCGCGAAAACAAUAUACAGAGCGCCGGUGAAUGGCGGCGAAAGGGAACCGAUUAUCCGUCAUGAUAGCUUAGGCCUGGAAGGAAUCGCUAUCGAUUGGGUUGGUCGAAAAUUAUAUUGGCUGGAUCGUCAUGCGAAGCACUUGGACGUCGCCGAGCUCGAUGGCACCAACAGAAAAACCUUGCAGAUCGGAAUAGCGGAUCCACGCGCGAUUGCAGUCCACCCUGGCACUGGAUAUUUGUAUUUCACAUCUUGGCAUCUUCAGGCGUAUAUUGGUAAGAUGGGCAUGGAUGGUAGCAAUCUCACUCGAAUUCUGACGUGGGAGGACGAUAUUGCUUGGCCGAAUGCCCUCACAAUCGAUUACUUCACCGAUCGCAUUUUCUGGGCCGACGCCCAUCUGGACUACAUCGCCUUCGCCGAUCUCGAAGGCCACAAUCGACGGAUCGUCCUGUCCGGCGUUUCAGUGCCGCACGUGUUCGCCAUCACUGUAUUCGACGACUUCGUUUACUGGACCGAUUGGAAUCUGAAGGCCAUCAGUAGGGCGGAAAAGUUCUCCGGUGCUCACUUGCAAGUGCUGCGCAACACCACCCAUCGGCCCUACGACAUCCACGCGUAUCACCCUCUUCGGCAGCUGCCUUACAACAAUCCCUGCGCGGAGAACAACGGUGGCUGUUCGCAUCUCUGUCUCAUCGCGCCGCCCGCCAGCUCGUAUCUGCUCGAGGGAUACGGCCAGCCUGGAGUCACUUCUUACAAGUGCAAGUGCCCGAAUCAGUUCAUUCUGGACAAGGACGGUAAGACGUGCAUAGCGAAUUGCACCGCGGGCCAGCAUCGAUGCGGACCACCCGACGAGAAAUGCAUUCCUUGGUACUGGAGAUGCGACGGAGAGAAGGAUUGCAAGGAUGGUUCGGACGAGUCGUCGACCUGUCCGCCAAGGAACUGCCGUCCAAGCGUGUUCCAGUGCGCGAAUGGAAAUUGUACGCCGAGCGUGACAAUUUGUGACGGGAUUGACGAUUGCGGCGACAAAAGCGACGAAGCUAAGUGCAAACUCGAGUGUGGAGAGCUCGAGUUUAAAUGCAAAUCCAAUGGUCGUUGCAUACACGAUUCCUGGAAAUGCGAUGGAGAUGCCGACUGUAAAGAUGGUAGCGAUGAGGAUCCUGCUAUUUGUCAUAAUCGUGCCUGCGAUCCGAGCACCGAGUUCAGUUGUAAGAAUGGCAAAUGCAUUCCCAAGCUUUGGAUGUGCGAUUCCGACAACGACUGCGGAGAUGACAGCGACGAGCCGGCGUACAUGUGCCGGCAGAAGAAUUGUACGACUGGAUGGCAGCGGUGUCCAGGACACGCGAACUAUCGAUGCAUACCGAAGUGGCUGUUCUGCGACGGGAAGGACGACUGCCGUGACGGCUCUGACGAACGUCCGGAGAACUGUCCGAAAUGCGAUCCCAACAUGGACUUCAAGUGUGCCAAUAACCGAUGCGUGCCGAAACAAUGGCUCUGCGACUUCGCCGACGACUGCGGGGACGGCAGUGACGAGGCAGACGUAAUGUGCAAGGACAAGUACCGCAAGUGUUCCGAGUCUGAAUUCAAGUGUAAAAAUGGCAAGUGCAUCGCGUCCAGAUGGAGAUGCGACGGCGAGGACGAUUGCGGCGACAACAGCGACGAGGAGGAAUGCCAUCGAUGGGUGUGCAAGAAUGAGAGCUUCCAAUGUACCAGUGGUCAUUGUAUCGCGCCGUAUCUUCGUUGCGAUGGCGCGCGAGAUUGCCGCGAUAUGAGUGAUGAGAUCAAUUGUCCGCCGAGAUAUCCUGGAGGACGAUAUUGUCCGCAGUCGCGAUUCCAAUGUAACAAUAACCUCUGCGUUUCGCUGACUGAUAUUUGCGACGGCACUGAUGACUGCGGCGACAAUUCCGACGAGAAUCCAACCAUGUGUGCGAAUUUCGAGUGCGACACGCACAGGCGAUUCCAGUGCGCCAACCACAAGUGUAUCGCCAGGUAUCAAUUAUGCGACGGGAUCGACAAUUGCGGCGACGGUUCCGACGAGAACAACAUGACGAUGUGCGUGAAGCAGAUUCGACCGUGCGACUCGACGUUGGAAUACACCUGCGCGAACAAGAAAUGCAUCGAUCGGUUGAGAGUCUGCGAUCUCGCGGACGAUUGCGGCGAUUUGUCGGACGAAUUGGGAUGCCAUCAUCAUCAGCAUUGUUCGGAGAUUGAUCGCGGCGGUUGCUCGCAAAAGUGCCACAACACUACCGACGGCGGCUACAUCUGCGCCUGUUAUCCUGGUUACAUAAUCUCGCAGGAGAAUCGGAAACAUUGCGUGGACAUCGAUGAGUGCCAGACUGGCCAGCAUCAAUGUUCCCACAUCUGCACUAACUUGAACGGCACGUACGCUUGCUCUUGCCGACAAGGUUUCCAAUUGUCAGACAGCCACAGCGGUGUGUGUCACGUCGAAGAUGACGACGUCGUCGUACUGUUCGCUAACGGACCGGAACUUAGAGCCUACGAUCUGCACAAAAGAGAAGAGAUGGACGUGAUAGAUCACGAAAAGAGAGUGCAAGCUAUCGACUUUGAUCCCCGAAUGGAGUACGUUUUCUGGAUUGACUCGUACGACAACACUAUCAAGCGGUCCUUUAUGGUGAAAGCCAAGGAAGGCGAGGCAAAAAUUGGACACGCACAGGACCUGAAUAUGAAGACUGAUUCCAAGCCGACGAGUUUGGCGGUAGACUGGAUCUCCGACAAUCUGUAUUGGAGCGAGCUGGACCAAACAACCACCACACCUCGUGGUCGAAUUAUGGUUUCAAAAUCGGAUGGCAGGUACCGACGCAGCUUAAUUACGACGAAUCUCGAGCAACCAACGUCAGUGGUCGUGGAUCCUGAGCAAGGAGAGCUCGUAUGGGCGGACGCGGGUAAUCAGCCGAAGAUUGAGAUAGCCUGGAUGGAUGGUGAAAGGCGCAAGUCGCUUGUGACGGAACGGAUCGCUAGUCCUUCGGCGCUUACCAUUGACUACGCUAUGGAGCACACGCUCUAUUGGUCCGACAGCAAAUUGGACACCAUUGAGGCGAUCAGUCUGGCCGGCACGAACAGAAGAGUCAUUUUGAAGGGCAGACCUCUCAGGAAACCAAUAGCACUGGAUGUUUUUGAAAAUAAUCUUUAUUGGACGACGAAGCAGACAGGCGAACUUGUUCGACAAGAUAAGUUCGGCAGAGGCGUCCCGCACACUAUUGUCAAAAAUCUGCCUAGUCCCGGCGGUGUCAGGGUCUAUCAUCAGCUGAGAUAUAACAUCAGCCUGAGAGAUCCUUGCCACAAUGACCAGUGCAGUCAUCUUUGCGUGACGAUCCCCGGCGGUCAUCGCUGUCUCUGCUCAGACAGCGUCGGCACGCUUCAGCGACUUUUCGCUGAGAACGAGAGACACUGCGACGCCACUAAUGAGAGGCCUCUUCCGGCGCCCAGAAUAUGUCGUUGCCAAAACGGUGGACGGUGUCAAGAAGUGGACGAGAAGCUGGCGUGCAACUGCCGCGACGAUUUCCACGGUGAAUUCUGCGAAGUGGCGGCGAUCGCCACGAGGGCGGGUGGAUCUACCGCUGCUAUAGUUAUUCCCAUAGUUGUAUGCCUGCUGAUGUUGUUCUGCGCCGCCGCCAUUUUCAUGGUUUUCAAGAAACGACCAUUCGGCAAGCCCGGUGGCCUCGGUAGUCUCACAGGUGCUCAAAGUGUUUCCUUCCGCCAAGGCAGCAAUGUAGAGUUUGGUGCAGAAGCUCACGAAAGGAUGGAACCUCUCGAUGUGGAAUACAACCUAAACGAUGUUACCAAUAAGAACCGAGAUUUCAGCAAUCCAAUGUACGACGCAGUGAAUAUGGAGAGUGGCACCACGAACGGUACUGGUGCCAGCAACUUGUACGAAGUACAGCCCGCGGAGAUGAAGCCCUCCAGCAUACAGCACAAAGAGCCUCCACAGUUGCAUCUGAAGAGGAGGGAAUUGGACCCGACGCCCAUCGACUCGGGCAAGGACACUCAGCAGCUCGUCGAGGAGGACAAGUCCGAGUGCUAGAACUAAUUCCUAAUUUAGAGAUUCUUUCAGAUCUAUCGUGCUUCGAACUCAACACGCAGAUCGAGAUGUUUAACGAUUGCGAAGAGUAUAUAGGAACACGACGUAAAUUAGUUUACCUCUUUUACAUAAAUAGUGCGGAUUACUUGCAGCUGCUCGUACGUUAUUUAUUAAGCAGAUUAUUCAAUGAAAUGUUUUCAACAUGUGGCGAUUGAUUUAAAGUUCUGUCUUAUCUAGUGAUGCGAAAAUUUUGUGAUUUUCGAGUUUCCGAAAAGAAAGGAAUACCAAGAUCACACACACACACACACAAACAUAUAUAUUUAUAGAUAAAUGAUUUUGUGUGCGAGUGUGCGUAUAAACGGAUGUGUGCGUAUGUACAUACAUAUACACGAGGUGUACAUAUAGAAUCAUUUAUAUAUAGGUAUAUAUGUACAUAUAAAUGUUGGAGAGUAUAUAUAUACAGAGUGUUUCAAAAGGAAUCUAUCAAAAUGCGGAGACAAAAAAAUCUAUAAUAUAAAUUUUCAAUAAAUCUUAUCUAUAAUUUUCUUCUUUUGAUCCGUGAAACAUGUCUCUGUGACUUCUGAAAUAUCUCUGUGUGUAUAUAUAUUUAUAUAUACGAGUAAUAUAGAUUGUUAUAGCUGUAGAGUCUUACAGAUGCAUGGAUUUACAAAGGCUUAGGCUGCAAGGUUUCUAGAAGCAAUUGAGUUUUUGGAUUUAUAAAUCUAAUAUUUUUCCCUUUUUUAAAAGGAUUCUAGAUAAUCAAAAUUUGAAAAUGUUGAAUAAAAGAAUUUUUUUGUAAUAGUCAUAAUUCUACAACUUUGUAUAUUCUUGCAUCUAAAGAUCUCGACAUGUUUAAAUUUUAAAACUUCCUAAAUCUAGAGAUUUUUAAAUCUGAAAGUUUUUAUAAAUCCAUAGAGCCUUUAAGCCAGGAAUUGUGAACUGGUUUUUAGGAUUUUGAAAUUUUUGAGAGUAUAUAAAUGACAGACGACAAUAGGCGAGUCGAUCUCGUAUCGAUUUUAUAGGGAGAGCAAGUCGAAACCGAAGCGCAAUAGACACGAUUGUGUCAUUUUUUACUAGGUGUGAUUUGUAAGUCUUGUACAUAUAAUUGCUAACAAAAUAUAAUGUUCAUGUUAUCUGUGUACCAUAAAAGAUGCAACACAUUCCAUUCUUUCUCAAGGUUGCUGCUUGAAAUAUAGCGAUAACGCAGGACACUUUCAAUAGUUAGGAUGUGUAUGUAUAUGUGUGUGUAUGCGUGCACGUGCGCGCGGUGCUUCAAUUGAUAUAUUGCAUCUUUUGAUAAUUCUUUAAAAAUAUCCACCAUGAUAUUUUUAUAUAUAUUUUAAAAUACUAUGGUUUAUGUCAUAUAAAA